CCGAAACCGCCUUCUUGAUCGGUGUAUAACCACUGCUCUCGCUCUCUCUCUCCUCGAUCUCUCUUCGCUGGCUUCCUCCUCCAAAUCCACUUCGCCGGAGCGAGAUCGACCGCCUCCGGCAAGAUCCGAGAAGAAAGAAAACGACCAACAGCCCCUCCAAUAAGCCUUCGGAUUCCUUUGGCUUUCUCCCCCGCUUGGCUCGAGAUCCCGGAGCCAAGCCCCGAUCCAGGCCGGUGGAGCGAUCGGGGAGAAGAGUAUGACCUCGCCUAGGAAAGAGGGGUUCUUGACGGAGGGGCAGCGGGAGGCGCUGAAGCUUGCUGCUUCCAACGCUGAUGCGAUUUUAUCAUCACCAAGAUCUCCUAAUAAGCUGGUGCUCCCUGAACUCUACAGCAAGGCUGGUGGAGGCGGGUCGAGAUCUCCUACGGCCAGCGGGAGACGUGUGCGCCGUUCGCACUCGGGGAAAUUUGUGCGGGUGAAGAAGGAUGGUGCUGGUGGUAAAGGUACAUGGGGCAAACUCAUGGAUACCGAUCCUGGUUCUCGCAUUGAUCGGAAUGAUCCUAACUAUGAUAGUGGUGAGGAACCAUAUGAACUUGUUGGUGCAACUAUUUCAAAUCCCAUAGAUGAGUAUAAAAAGUCUGUGGUGACAAUCAUUGAGGAGUAUUUCACCACUGGUGAUGUUGCAUUGGCUGCCACUGAUCUUAGAGAUCUUGGAUCUGCUGAGUACCAUCAUUUAUUUGUCAAGAAACUUAUUUCCAUGGCGAUGGACAGACACGAUAAGGAGAAAGAGAUGGCUUCUGUUUUGCUAUCUGCUUUGUAUGCUGAUCUGAUAAGUUCGUCUGAGAUUAGCCGAGGGUUCUCUAUGUUACUUGAGACUGUUGAUGAUUUGGCACUUGACAUCAUUGAUGCAGUUGAUGUACUGGCCUUAUUCAUAGCCCGUGCAGUUGUUGAUGACAUACUACCUCCUGCUUUUCUCACUAAAGCAAAGAGGACAAUUUCUGAAGUCUCUAAAGGUUUUCAGGUGAUUGAGACUGUUGAAAAAAGUUAUCUCUCAGCUCCCCACCAUGCUGAAUUGGUUGAGCGACGAUGGGGUGGUACCAUUCAUAUUACCGUUGAAGAAGUCAAGAAGAAGAUCACAGAUUUGCUGAGGGAAUAUAUUGAGAGUGGAGACACGCUAGAGGCUUGUAGGUGCAUAAGAGAGCUUGGAGUCUCAUUCUUCCAUCAUGAGGUUGUGAAACGAGCUCUGACUCUAGCGAUGGAAAUUCCAACAUCUGAACCUCUUAUACUGAAGCUGUUAAAAGAAGCGGCUGAAGAAUGCCUAAUCAGCUCUAGUCAGAUGAUCAAGGGAUUCUCUCGGCUUGCUGACAGCCUCGAUGACCUAUCUCUGGAUAUUCCCACUGCGAAAUCCUUGUUCCAGAUGAUAGUGCCAAAAGCAAUUUCUGAUGGAUGGCUUGAUCCGUCUUUCUUGAAGUCCAAUGAUACAGAUCAAGAUCACAACGACAAUGGUGAUGAGAAGUUGAGGAAGUACAAGGAAGAAGCUUCUACUAUCAUACUCGAAUACUUUCUCUCUGAUGACAUACCAGAACUUAUUAGAAGCCUUGAAGAAUUAGCUGCUUCAGAGUAUAAUCCUGUUUUCAUCAAGAAACUGGUUACACUUGCAAUGGACCGGAAGAACAGGGAGAAGGAGAUGGUCUCUGUAUUGUUAUCUGCACUUGCCAUGGAGUUAUUCUCUAGCGAUGACAUUGUUAAUGGAUUCAUCAUGCUGCUCCUGUCUGCGGAGGACACAGCAUUGGACAUUUUGGAUGCCUCAAAUGAGCUGGGGCUAUUCCUUGCAAGGGCAGUAAUCGAUGAUGUCUUAGCACCCCUCAAUUUAGAGGAGAUUUGUAAGAAGCUUCCUCACAAUUCAAGUGGGAGUGAAACCAUACGCAUGGCUCGCUCACUUGUAUCUGCUCGACAUGCCGGUGAGAGACUCCUUAGAUGCUGGGGUGGUGGCACUGGCUGGGCCGUGGAAGACGCAAAGGACAAGAUAAUUAAGCUGCUGGAGGAAUACGAGAGCGGGGGUGACAUUGGAGAAGCGUGCCAGUGCAUCCGUGAUAUAGGAAUGCCUUUUUUCAAUCAUGAAGUGGUGAAGAAAGCAUUGGUUAUGGCAAUGGAGAAGAAGAAAAAUGAUAGGCUUCUGGACUUGCUGCAGGAGUGUUUUAGCGAAGGGUUGAUCACCAUUCACCAAAUGACGAAAGGGUUCUCUAGGGUUAGAGAUGGGCUUGAAGAUAUUGCUCUCGACAUUCCCAAUGCAGACGAGAAGUUCAAAGCAUACGUGGGCCAUGCUAGGAAGCAUGGAUGGCUUCUGACAUCCUUUUAGGCGUUGUAUCUUUCAUGCCAGAUGCAGAAAGGCAUUACAGUCUGUUGUAGAAACAACUCCUUGCUUCUCUCUCUCAUGUGCCGUUUCACGAUGUUGUCUUUCCUUGGUUUAAUUGUUAGUAUAAUACAGUGGAUUAGAAUCAGAUCUUACAUAUGCAUCUUGUGCUUUUAAGAUAACAUUUUGGUUUGUUCUUCGAGA